GUGGGUGGGGUGAGAGUCGGUGAUGCUGGAGAUUGUCUGUCGGCUGGUGAGGAGGGAGCUCUAUUGGGGGUGGGAAUGUGUGCUGCAGCUCCCUGACACUUCCCUGCAAAUGCAAUGGCAGUGAACGAUUCCCCUCCCCCAGCCACUCAGCAGGGGAGCUGAGCGUUCUGACGUCCUGCCACGUCAACUCGGUGCUGGUGGGAUCUUGCUGUGUGCAGUUUGGCCACCAACUCACCCGUGUCCUGUUGCCUGGCUUGUCCUUGGCCGGAUGACGCCUCGGGCAUCUGUCAGAGGGGAGUGUGCUGUUUCUGCACCAGAGGCAAGGGUCGUAUUCCAAGUUCUGGAAGUUCGGAAAGGAAUGGAAAACGCUCGGUUUUGGAGGCGGUCUCUGAUGGAUAUCUUCAGUAAAGAGGAGAGCAUACUGUCUGUGGCCCGGACCACAGAUAACGUGGAGAGCCAGGGGGAGCAACAGCGGUCCAGCAUCAGGGGUAGAAGCGGGAAGAGAUGUUCUGUGGUGCGAGGACAUUUUCCGAAACUGGCCGACUGUGCUCACUUCCACUAUGAAUCCGUUGACUUCAGGACAGUGCAGCUGUCCCUUGCUGCACAACCGCCUGACGCGGAAAGAAAUGAACUGGCCACUAAAGACUUGCGAUUCCUCGUGAAGGUUGUCUGCCAGGGGAAGGAAUGGCUGGUACGCAGGAGCUGGGAAGAUUUCCGGAUGUUGGACUCACACCUCCAUCAGUGCAUCUACGAUCGGCGGUUCUCGCAGCUGCCUGAACUGCCACCUCUGCAGGCCGAGAGUGACGACAUCGAGGACAUUACCUCGGAGUUGGUCGAUUACUUGGUCAGACUGAGUAACAUCGCUGACAACAAGAUCAACUGUGGGCCCGUCCUCACAUGGAUGGAGAUUGACAACAAAGGCAAUCGGCUGCUUGUGAAUGACGAGGCUUUCAUUAACGUUCCCGCCAUUGCUGCAGCUCAAGUUAUCAAACGGUACGCUGCCCAGGCCAGCGACGAGAUCUCCUUCGAGGUUGGAGACAUUGUGUCUGUCAUCGACAUGCCCUCAAAGCAAGAAAGCACGUGGUGGAGGGGGAAAAGGGGUUUCCAGGUUGGAUAUUUUCCUAGUGAAUGUGUUCAGUUGAUCACUGAGAGAGCUCCUGCUUCAAACACCACUGCCACAGUGAAAUCUGAUUCUGAGGCAGCUGGUGUCAGUCCAGUAACUCGGAGCCUGAGUGUCCCCACAGGUCAGGAACAGAAUCUGGGACCGGGCUUGAAGAAGCACGGGUCCCUGAUGGGAUACCUCCUGGCCUUCAUGAAGUCUCGUCCUAGCCGUCUGCGACUGAAGCAGAGAGGGAUCCUCCGGGAGCGAGUCUUUGGGUGCGACCUGGGCGAACACCUCCUGAACUCUGGGUUGGACGUCCCCCAGGUGUUGAAAAGCUGUGCUGAGUUCAUUGAGCGUCAUGGGAUAGUGGACGGCAUCUACCGGCUCUCUGGUGUCUCCUCGAACAUCCAGAAACUGCGCCACGAGUUUGAUUGCGGCCAUGUUCCGGACCUCACCAAGGACCCGUACCUACAGGACAUCCACUGCGUUGGCUCUCUGUGCAAACUUUACUUCCGCGAGCUUCCAAAUCCCCUGCUCACCUACCAGCUGUACGACCAUUUUGCCGAGGCCGUGACAGUGGAGAGUGAGGAACAGCGACUCCUAAGGGUCCACGAUGUGAUCCAACAGCUGCCUCCCCCUAACUACAGGACGCUGCGCUUCCUGCUGAGGCACCUGUCGAUGCUGGCCAAGCACUGCGCCUCCACCGGCAUGCACGGAAAGAACCUCGCCAUCGUCUGGGCCCCCAACCUACUGCGCUCCCAGGGUAUUGAGGCAGUGGGAUUCACGGGGGCCGAUGCCUUCCGGGAGGUGCGAAUCCAGUCAAUUGUGGUUGAGUUCCUCCUCAGCCAUGUGGAUGUCCUCUUCAGUGAUGCUUUUACCUCCGCCGGCAAGGAUGUCCCAGGCAGCGCUAACAGAAGUCGAGGCAAGGCCCAGUCGAGGACAAGCUGCAGCUCCCGCCUGCUGCCCCUGCAAGACGCUCAGGACUGGGGGCUUGUGCACCGGACCAGACCCGGCAGUGUCAACAGGUGUCCCUGUUCUGACCGACCUCCAGUACAGAGGAACAGGAAUGCGGGGAAGGGCCGCAAGGCUGGAACAGGGAGCUGGAAGAGCUUCUUCACCCUGGGAAAGUCCUCGAGUACGACAGAGCGGGAUUCCCAUCCAGAAGUGGGCCUGCUGUUCCGGGCAGCCAACAGGGGCCGGGGAUCCAGUGGUGAGUACCGAACACUUCGCUCAGUGAAGAGUGAAGAGUCUCUGUCCUCGCAGACGGGAGUCACAGCCCUGCCCCGACACCACAGCCUCCGCCAUUCUUCCAGCGCAGAUGGGCCAUCGGACCGCCUGGUUUCGGUUGAUCAGCUAGUCCAGCUGCAGAACCCCGGCUUCACCGAGCCCCUCUACGCCCAGCUCCAACCCCGGCGUAUGCGGCGAGGGCCCGAUGAGGCCAGGUCCAGACAACAUGGCCCAGACGGAGAGCGGCCAUCCCUACGUUCCUCAGCUGGCAGCCCGCAGGCAGAGGUCAACGCUCAGAGUCAGGGUUGGCUCUUGAUCACUCACCGGAAAUCCCCCUCCCCAACACCCCCUGUCGCCCCACAUUUCCCACCUCCCCUGCCCCCACCACCACCUCCCCUGCCCCCUCCUCCCCCACCCACAAAGGGCCCUGCCCGGGAUAUUGCAUUAGCUCUGACUCAUCAGGCGCACCAUGUGUUCCGGCACAGACACGAGUCAGGGCGCCAGUCUCCCGAGCCUCCCCGACUGCUCCGGACUGCACCGAUGGAAGCAGACCCAGCCUGGAGAGGGUCGGACCACCACAGAUAUGUACUCGCUACCUGGCAGGGCCAGGACCACCCCUUGUUCUCCCGGAUUCACCCAGAACAUGGGCUUGGCUACCAGAGUGAGGAGACGCUGGAUCAGGUCCUAGGGCCUCCUUGGCUCCUGGAUUUGGCCCCCACUUGGCACCCGGAUUCAGCCCCCACUUGGCACCCGGAUUCAGCCCCCAAUCGGCACUCUGAUUCGGCCCCCACAUGGCCCCCGGAUUCAACCUUCACUCGGCAUCCGAAUUCGGCCUUCGCCUGGCACCCGGAUUCAGCUUUCACUCGGCACCCGGAUUCAGCUUUCACUCGGCACCCGGAUUCAGCUUUCACGCGGCACCCGGAUUCAGCUUUCACGCGGCACCCGGAUUCAGCUUUCACGCGGCACCCGGAUUCAGCUUUCACGCGGCACCCGGAUUCAGCUUUCACGCGGCACCAGGAUUCAGCCCCCACUCGGCACCCAGAUUCGGCCCCCGCUCGGCACCCGGAUUCAGCCCCCACUCGGCACCCAGAUUCGGCCCCCGCUCGGCACCCGGAUUCAGCCCCCACUCGGCACCCGGAUUCGGCCCCCGCUCGGCACCCGGAUUCAGCCCCCACUCGGCACCCGGAUUCGGCCCCCGCUCGGCACCCGGAUUCAGCCCCCACUCGGCACCCGGAUUCAGCCCCCACUCGGCACCCGGAUUCGGCCCCCGCUCGGCACCCGGAUUCGGCCCCCGCUCGGCACCCAGAUUCAGCCCCCACUCGGCACCCGGAUUCGGCCCCCACAUGGCACCCGGAUUCAGCUCCCACGCGGCCCCCGGAUUCGGCCCCCACACGGCCCCCAGAUUCGGCCCCCAUACGACCUCCGGAUUCAGCCCCCACACGGCCCCCGGAUUCAGCACCUCCUCAGCUUCCUGAUUCAGCCCCUCCUCGGCCUCCCGAUCUGCGCCCUCGCCGCCAGCGCAGUCACCACCAUCACCGCCGUCCCCCGCAUCACCGUCACCUCUUGCCCCUUCCCCCCUACCACCACCCCGACCUGCUGCUGGCGGCGGGGUGGCCUGAGGGAAGGCAGCGCCUCCUGGCCUGCCCCCGCCACCCCCACCCCCUCCACCGGCCCCCCACCCUCUAUCCCGGCCUGCCUGAACGAGCUGUGGCCGUGGCUCGGCGGUAUGGCAUCGGACCAGCCCGGGACCUCCCGCCACGGGCCUCCCUCUCCCGUCACCACCAGCGAUGGAGCUUCAGGGGCCUGGAGCGGAGCUUUUGCUGA